AUGAGUGGGAAAGUGAAAACUGUCGAGGAUGGCAAUCUUCCGGCUAGUGUUUACCUUGAUUCAAUACGAAAUGGUGCACGAGUAAUAAAUGGAAAGUUGUUGUCCAAAGGUUACUUCUCAACGAAAGUAGAUCGGCUUCAAAAGCUUUUGUUUUUAAGCACAGACUAUGAUGUGUUAAUGGACGAUAAGGAAAAUGCGAGCGAUCCUCAUCUGGGACCCAAAGUUUAUGAAAACGAUCGGAAUAUCAUCAACAUUAUAUAUUCCAUGCUAGAUGCAAUAGAAGUUUCUGUGUUAUACAAGGAGUCCGUAUUGAAGCAGAAAGCCGACAAGGAGGCUGAAGUGACUGAAUUAAAGGGCAAGGUGAGGCGGAUGGAGGACAGAUUAAAUUUAAAGGAAAAAGGAUUAUUAGCUUUUGGUCGGGAUGCUCUCAAAACUAAGUUGCAGAUUGAAGAAUUACAAAAACGGGUAAAAGAUCUAAUAGAAAAGAACGGGGAACUUGAGAGAAGUCUUGCAACUUAUUCCUCUGAUGCAGAGCGCAAACUGCGAAGAAGCCAUAUGGAAAUAGAAAGAUUGUCAGAAAGAUUAUCCAAUCGUACGCGUCGUAUUCAAGAUUUUGACAGGCAGUAUCGGGAGUAUGAGCCUGAGAGAAAAAGGCAGCAUUCUGAUCAAAAUAACGAUGAUAAUGAUGCAGCGACGUUGGCAGAGCAUGCUGAUAUGCUAGGAAAUGAGCUUCUUCGUUUACUCUGCUUUUGCCAGAAGGCGGUAGACUUUCUGCAAAGAUAUAACGAUAGUACACUUGAUCUAAGAUUUAGUACUAUCGGGGCACAUGAGGAUCUUCAACUACCCAAAACAUUCAUUCCUACGGAGCAGGAUCUCCUGAAGUUUGAUUCCAGAAAAUGUGAUUUGGCUGUUUUGGAUCAAAGGUUUGUUACACUACUACGACAAGUAGAAAAUGAGAAAAGCGAUGACACAUUUCGAUUUCGAAGAGGCGGGAAAGAGCAGCAGUUAUUAAAAGAGAAUGCUAUUUUGAGGAAGAAACUAGCAGAUAAGGACAAGGAAAUUGCCAAUUUGAAAAAGUUAGUACCCCAUACGGAUGAAAAAGCGAUGAGCCGGACAAUGAGUCUUCCCUGA